AUACGUUGAUCCUGCAUUUCAGGGAGUUGGACAAAAUGUAGGAACAGAGAUAUGGCAGAUUGAGGAUUUUCAACCAGUGCCUUUGCCAAAGUCUGACAAUGGUAAAUUUUACUCUGGAGAUUCAUACAUAAUUUUACAGGUUUGAGUCCUGAAUUCCUCUACUGGCCUACAAGCCAAAAAUCUGUGCAACAAAUGGGGCAUGCCAAGAAGUUGUGGACGAUCAACUGAUGGUGACUAGGUUGGCUAAUACAAUGUGGAGUUCCUUAAAAGGAAGACCUGUGCAGGGCCGCAUUUUUCAAGGGAGAGAACCACCACACUUCAUUGCACUUGUUCAACCCAUGGUUGUGUUGAACAUAUCAAUAGAUUAUAUGGUGUUUCCAUCUGUAUACAGAAAGAAACACAAGAUUCUGACAAGAUUUGCUAAUGUCAUACUUGUAUUGCCAAAAGCCUAGGGUUUUUCUAUUUUGUUGAAUAUAACCUUGCACAGGGUGGAAUCAGCUCUGGUUACAAAAAAUUCAUUGCAGACAAGAAUCUAAAUGAUGGAACUCAUACUUCUGAUGGCAUUGCACUAAUCCAAGUAUCUGGUACAUCAGCCCACAACAAUAAAGCAGUUCAAGUUGACACGGUGGCAACAUCAUUAAGUUCCAGCGAUUGUUUCAUUUUGUAAUCUGGAAAUUCACUAUUCAUAUGGAAUGGAAGUUCAAGUACUUUCGAACAGCAGCAGUGUGCUGUACAAAUUGCAGAACUUUUAAAGUCAAAGUAAACAGAGUCAAUAGGAAAAAGAGACAACCCAGUGCAUGAUGCUCCUGCCAAUGUAGAGCCUGGGGAGAGUUAAAAUACUUAGUAAUAGUCUCAGCCAAUGCAGCCAAUUCCACAAACACAUACAAGCUGCUAUGGUGUGGUCCAGGUGUUGCACUGAAGCAUGUCAACAAGGGAACAGAAAACUGUGCUUUCUGGUUUGCUCUUGGUGGUAAGCAAAGUUUUACCAGCAAAAAGAUCACACAAGAUAUUGUUAAAGAUCCUCAUUUGUACACGUUUUCAUUUAAGAAAGGUUGGUUCAAUCACAAAAGUAUAAUUUUGGAGAUUUUCCUAAUCUUUAUAUAUUUUCGUUUAUUUUUCCUGAUCUAACUUUUGAAAUCUGAUGUUUAUUUGUGGUAACAUGAUGCUUCUCCAGGAAAAUUAGAGGUUACUGAGGUUUUCAAUUAUUCUCAAGAUUAUUUGUUAACCAAAGACAUGUUGGUACUUGACACCCAUGCCGAGAUCUUUAUUUGGAUUGGACAGUCGGUGGAUUCCAAGGAGAAGCAAAAGGCGUUUCAUAUAGGACAGAAAUACAUAGAUCUUGCAGUGUCACUGGAAGGUUUAUCCCCACAUGUGCCACUUUAUAAGAUCACGGCGGGUAAUGAACCUUCUUUCUUCACGGCGUAUUUCUCUUGGGACAAUGCAAAAUCUAUGGUUCAAGGUAAUUCUUUUCAGAAGAAGCUAUUGCAUUUGUUUGGUACCGCUAUGCAUGCUUCAGAGUCCAAACAUAACUCUAACAGUGAUCGUCGUGGUGGUCCUACUCAAAGGGCAUCAGCCUUAGCUGCCCUAUCAUCUGCAUUUAAACCAUCUUCAAAUGCAAAAACAUCAGCACCAAAGCCAUCACGAUCAAACCAAGGAUCACGGCGAGCAGCUGCAGUUGCUGCACUGUCUUCCGUUUUAACUGCUGAGCAAAAGAAGGGAGAAUCAGAAACCUCUACAACAAGAUUCAGCAGAAGCCCUUCCCCUGGGCCGCAUGUGACUGUAAAUGAUUCUGCAAAGAUUGAAAGUGCAGGCUCGGAGUUGGGUGAUCCUUUUGAGGUUUCAGCGGAGACGGAAAUCACAGAAGCGGAUAGCUCCGUAUCAGAGAGCAAUGGUGCUACCGUCAGCUAUGAUCGUCUGAAAGCGAAGUCCAUCAAUCCAUUCAGAGGAAUUGACUAUAAACAAAGAGAGGCUUACUUAUCAGAAGCCGAGUUCCAGAAGGUUCUGGACAUGACCAAAGAAGCAUUUUAUCGACAACCCAAAUGAAAACAGGACAUGCAGAAAAGAAAGGUGGAUCUCUUCUAAGCAUUCCCGGCCUGGUGCCAUGGAUCUUAUCCAGCUUAACGAUGUGUUUGCUUGUGUGCUAUCUUUCCUCUCCAAUUUUUUGGUUCCUCGUGGAUUUGCAGUCAUGUCGGGAGCGGUCUUGCUUUGGUUUUUUUGUUGAUGAGCAACAAUUGUUUGAUUGGGUAAGUUUGGGAGUUGGUAGGCAUUCUUUUAUUUCUAGCAAUCAUCCCGAGUUUGGCUGCUCAAGCAUAUAGUCGUCGUGCGUACAUGUUUUGUGUUUGAUACAUAUGGAUCAUGUAUGCUUAGGUAAAUAUGUGCAUUGAAUCGAUGACAAGGUCAAGUUGGGGUUGAAUGCAAUA